AGAAAUAACGAAUACAAUGUCAAAUGAAAAUGAUGAAACCGGAACGUCUCGUUGUGCGCAUGCGCUCUCCAGCCAGGAAGUGGCGUCAUUGAACUAGUGUUGCUAUUGUUUAAGUUGUGUCUUUUUCCUGGAAAUAGUUGCUAAAAGAAGAUAACGCUUUUCACAAGGCUCCGGUUCUCCACCAAGUAAACGCUAAAAGCUCGACUACCGUUUUUCUGUUGUGUUUGAAACGAACGACGACGUUUCAAUCCCACGGACCGGACCCUGCCUGGUAAACACGAACAAAAAGAAUGAGAAAGGCGUGCUCGACACUGGACGCAUUUAAGUUCAUGCGUGUGUUUAUUUCACUAGCCGAUCAAGUCAUUAUGAAAUGUUCCUCCCAGUGUAGCGACAAUGUCCGGCUUCGAGCUGGUUCCGAUGGACGGCGGGGAUGCCAUCCAGCUUCCUCCUGGGGAGACUGUCCUGGGCCGAGGCCCUUUCCUCCGAGUGAGCGAUAAGAGAGUGUCCAGACAACACGGCCUGCUGGACAACCGAGAUGGACGACUGCGCCUCAAGCCGACGCACUCCAACCCGUGCUUCCUGCAAGCGGCGCCGGACGAGCGGCCUCGCCCGCUGCCGAGAGACGCCUGGUGCCCCCUGCGCCGCGGCGACAUCUUCUCACUGCUGCCGGGACAGCUCAUGUUUCGAGUGGCGGCGGCGGCGGACGGCCCCCUCGGACCGAGUGCCACGUGUGAACACGGCGGCGAGAUGGCCCCGGCGGUCUUGCCUGGGACUCGCGAGAAACGUCGCUUACCUUUGUGGAUGAUGGCGCGCGUCGGGACGUCCCCCGCCACCUCCCCCGGACGCCAAGCCAGCAAGGAAAGCCGACGCGGCGGGGAGACGACAAAAGUCAAGAGGCGACGGAACGAAGGGGCACGCGCAGAUGAGUGGACACAAACCACCACCGUAACGGAGAGAGUGGACGUCGCGUGCCGACAAGCAAUUUGUUGGGCCGAGGACAUCCCGUCAUCCAAGUGUGACGUCGAAACGUGCGGCGUCGCGGCGUGCGCUGGACAGGCCGGCUCAAAAGGCAACAAAAAAGACCAGGCCGCUUCCCAACCGCGAGCUGCGUGUCCUUAUGGAAAAGACUGCUACAGGAAGAACCCUCUCCACUUGCGGGAGCGCAGCCAUCCCGGAGACUCAGACUACGAGGAGCCGGAGGAGAACGAGCGACCCGAAUGUCCCUACGGCACCGAUUGCUACAGGGAGAAUCCUCUUCACCGUAAACAAUACAAGCACACAAAGAGAGCAGGUAAGUGCGCGCACGCACGCACGCACGCACGCACACGCAUCAUUAAAGCCGCAAACCACCUUGUGCUUCCUGUCAGGUCGCAGCCUCCGCGGGACGGCGGCAGCGGCGGCCCACGUGGAUUCCCAUGGGGACUCCCAUGACAGUUUGAUCGACAACAGCGAGGACGGCCAUUCCGACUCGGACUACGUCCCUCCGCCUGACUCCGACUGAACCGCUUUGCCGGCCCGCCGGCCCUUGUGCUCCACGCGGGCCCGACUUCAUCAUCAAAUGAGCGCAGAGACGAGUCCAGUCGUACGGACAGAAAGGGUCUCCUCGUAUCACGUUGCCCGUGGACUCCGUCCGGCCGGUCCUCCUUUACCAAUGUCGGCAAUUUGGCGGAUUCUACAACCAAGCGUCGAACCUCCUCUCACUAAUGAAGGAGGGAGCGGAGCGGAGCGAGCGGAGCGGAGCAGCUGCUGACAAAACAUCAACAAACACAUGAGGAGAAAAGACUUGAGCCAUUGUCUUCCAGAAGUGACAAAAGGAUCAAGUUGUGAAGGACAACGUUUCUUCCCACUUUGGCGUUUAUUCUGCCGAUGACAAAAACAGGACAUCAAAAUUCGACACAA